AUGUCAUCAGGUGAAGAUAAUUAUCCACCAACAUAUAUUCAAGACAUGUUGGAACAGAAUCGUAUGUCAAUUGGAAAUGAGACAACUUUUUCCACUGUUGACAAGCUCAUUGGCGCUGAAAACUAUUAUUCAUGGAGACUUGGAUUUGAAGGCCUGAACUAUGAUUUUAUGACACAUCUUGGAGAUGGUGUUGCUGGCUAUAUUGGUGUUGUUAACGAUGGAAUGGCGACUGAUAAUAAAUGGAUGUCUGAACGUAACCACCUACCUAUCAUCAACUUUUUGAUAAAACUCCCUGAAGGAUGUAUCUGGUAUCACUAUCUCACAACUGCAUUAUGGGUUGAUCGAACCAACAUCAGGUCUGCCACCGGUUUAUCUCCUCAAUAUCUUGUGUAUGGUUUCCAAGGUCACUUCAAUUUAGACACUUUAUUGAAUAGUGAAGCUAAUUUGUUAUUGGAAAGUGGUGUUCUCAUUCCUGCUUUUCAACAAGUAUACAUUACAAUUAUUCCGAAGAAAAAUCGAAGUAAUGAGAUUCAAAAUCAACGUCCAAUAUCGUUGAUUAAUUCUAACUUCAAAUUAAUAUGUGCUAUGAUUAAUAAAAGAUUGGUGCAAGUAUUACCAACGUUGCUCAAUACGAAUCAACUUGGGUUUAUACCAGGUCAAUCUAUUGAUAUGGCGUUGUAUCAAUAUUACAAGGUGGUCGAAUUAUUGAAAGAACCAAUGGAAUAUAACAAGGAAUCGAGUAUUCUUCUGAUUGAUUUUGAAAAAGCUUUUGACAGUUUUAAUCAUAAUUAUUUAAAGGCGGUGUUAAAACAUGUGAAUUUUGGUAGACGCAUGUAUCACUGUUUACUGGCUGUGCUUUGUCAACAACAAGGGAGCCUUUAUAUCAUUAAGACUUUAGGACGCUCUUUCCCCAUGAACAAAGGUACGCGGCAAGGGAAUCCGCUCUCUCCAAUAAUUUUUAAUUUAAUGUUGGAGCCAUUUUUAUUUAACAUUCAACAGAAGUGUUCUGGAAUUUCUAUUCCAACUUAUUGUCCUUUGAAUUUAAGCGUUAAAUACCAAGCAUACGCUGAUGAUGUGGUGCUUUUUAUGAAUCAAAGGGAUUAUCCCAUUGUCCAAAUGACUUGGCCAGGUAAUCCGAGGUUUCGAGAUGUUCCGCUUCAUGACAGGGUUUUGUACAUUAAUUCAUUUAUAUAUCUGAGAGUAUAUUUUUAUGAUCUCCUUUGGCCAAUGCUGGAUGCUGAUAUUGCAUUUUAUGAAAAGCAAUUGAAAAGAUAUAUUGGGCGAAUCUCCAUUGCAAAGUGUCAUGCUUAUCCUCUGACAGGUGGAUUGAAUUUUAUAAAUUUGGCCGAGCAGCUUAAGGGUAAACGCGCCAAGAUGACUUAUCCGUUGUUUUUUCCAUCUGAUAAUUGGGGUCCUGUGGUUCUUCGGGAUAAAAUUCAGUUUUUCCUUGACAUGCAUACGGCCGCUCAUCAUGUUCCGAGGUAUCAAUUUUUAUUUGGUCAUCAUAUUCAAAGUUCUGCGAACGAUGCUAGAGGACAUCCAAAAGAUCUUCAAGCAUUGGCGGCUUUUUCAUCAAUUUUCAGUAAGCUGGAACGGUUUGGUUAG